UGUUGGGAAAGAGUGGAUCCUUCUCAUUUCAGGAUUAAUCAUCUUGAGUUCUCUGUUGAAAAUGGAAAUUCAAUAAUAAUAAUAAAUAAGUCUUAAGUAAACUAUUUUAUUCCUCUUUUUCGAACUAUGUUUCAUUCAUAUGAUAGAAUAUGGGUUUAAAUAAAUUGUAUCUUUGCAGAGUGUUCCCCGAUAAAUACUUAUUUCUUUUAUCCAAUUUUCUCCAUAGAUAGCAGGUUUGAAUUAGUAUACAAAAGCAAUGACUAUUCAUGAUUCCAUCCAUAUUGGAUCAAUUCUCGAUACCAUUUUGCAAUGAAAUUAGAGGAAUGUUAUGGUAAAACUUCGUUUAAAACGAUGUGGUAGAAAGCAACGUGCGACUUGAAGGACAUGAUCGAUUGUGGAUUUGCCUAUCCAUCAUUUUCCAUAGUAAUGAAAAUGCUCUUGGCUCGACAUAGUCUGUUCUAUUCGUCCCGAACCGAAUUUUCGCUGGGUUGUUUGUAAGUAAAGUAAAUAGUACACGAUGGAGCUCGAGAGGACAGAAUUUCUUUUUGAUCAAGGGAAAGAAUCUAGGGUUAGUGAAAACUAAUAAAUUAGGCCAACUUUGUCAGUCUAUCCUUAAUAUAGAAAUCAAAAGGUUAAAAUAAGAAAAAGUCUAAUUUUGGAAGAUUGGAAAAACUUUUUUGAUGAAAAGUCUAUCUGAAUCAAUUGUUCAUAUUUGAUUUCUAUAGAAGAGUGAAAUGCUUUAUCGAAGGAAAUAAGAAAAAAGAAAGGGUAUGUUGCUACUCUUUUGAAAGAAAAAAGAAUAGGAGUUCCCGAAGUAAUGUCUAAACCCAAGGAUUUCACAAAUCAAAGAUAAAGGAUUCCGGAACAAGUAAACACGAUUUUCAACCGUCUCAACAAUAGAAUUAGAUCUGAAUAAGGAAUAAAAGUCAAUUUGUUCGAGAUGAGAUAAAGAAAAGAGUUUAGAGACGACUCAAAAAAUUUCGAAGGGUUUUUCUUUUGAAGUUUGUCAGUAAAAAUUAGCCAACUUGAGUCAUGAGUAUAAAUGAAAUUUGUUUUUUCUUUUCUUUAAGGAAAUUAAUGCAAGUCAUAAUCGAAUUUCUAUCUAUUUGCAUUAUAGACAGAUUGCAUUAUAGACAGAAAUUCGAAUCAUUUUCUCGAGCCGUAUGAGGAGAAAACCUCCUAUACGUUUCUAGGGGGGGGUUGUUUAUCUACAUCUAUCCCAAUAAGCUAUCUAUCGAAUCGUUGCAAUUGAUGUUCGAUCUCGAAGAGAAGGAAGAGAUCUUCGAAAAGUAGGUUUUUAUGAUCCGAUAAAGAAUCAAACUUGUUUAAAUGUUCCAGCUAUUCUCUAUUUCCUUGAAAAGGGUGCUCAACCUACAAGAACAGUUUAUGAUAUUUUAAGGAAGGCAGAAUUCUUUAAAGAUAAAGAAAGAACUUUGAGUUAAUUGAAGAACUAAAUGAAUAAAAAAGUAGGAGAGGGUCCUUAGUACCCCUUAAUUAUUUAGACACAAUUUGCCUCUUUCUUAGUCCUAUUUUUUUUUUGCUGCAUUUAUGUCGUGCCAAUCCAACAAAAGUCCCUAUUUUAUUUCCUUUUUAUAUCUAAUUACAUUGUAUUUGCAUUGACAAAGGUCUAUUGAACAAAUAGAAUUUGUAGAUAGAUGGGUCUCUUUAUUGUCACUCCAUAUUAGGUAUUUCUGUCUACACUUCAUUCAAAUGAUAGGGUUGCCCCUCUUGCAUGUACUCUCAUACACAUACAAGAUUAUUUUACUUCUUUAAAUUGCCAAAAAAAUCACAAUUUUGCCAUUGUGAUUGGGGCUGCUUUUUUUUUUUACCCUUAGCCUUAGUGAAAUUUAACCGGAUCUGUUCAUUUUUGUAUUUGAGUGUUUUUAAUGGAUUAGAAAAUCUUUCUUUUGAUGUCUUGCUAAUUCAAUGUGGUAUAAUUUCAUCGAUUUUUAGAUUUUGAUCGUAUCUAAGAGAUCCUAUUUUAUCCGGGUUGCUAACUCAAUGGUAGAGUACUCGGCUUUUAAGUGCGGCUAUGAUCUUUUACACAUUUGGAUGAAGCAACAAAUUCGUCCAGACUCUUGGUAGAGUCUAGAAGACCACGACUGAUCCUCAAAGGUAAUGAAUGGAAAAAAUAGCAUGUCGUAAUAAAAUCAAUUUCUUUUUUUUUUUUUAAUAAAAAAAAUUCUGAUUUUCUGGGUCUAGUGAAUAAAUGGAUAGAGCCUGGCUCUAAUUCUGGUAAAAUAAAAAAAAAGCAACGAGCUUAACUUCUUAAUUGGUUAAUUGGAAGGAUUCCCCGAUCUAAUUAGACGUUAAAAAUAGAUUAGUGCCUAAUGUGGGGAAAGGUUAGGUUUUCCUAUGAAUGGACCCUUUACUUUUUUUUUUUAGAAAUCCUAAUUAUUCUUGAUUAUGGAUUGAAAAGAGAUGUUAUGAAUUGAAUGUGUAAAAGAAACAGUAUAUUGAUAAAGAGACUGUAUUCCAAAGUCAAAAGAGCGAUUGGCCUGCAAAAAUAAAAGAUUUGUUCUUGUUUGUUUUAUAAUUAGAACAAACAUAAACUAAUUAGAUAGAAAAGGAGUGGAAAAAGUUCUAUGGAUUAGACUCCCUUUCUUUCCUGGGUUUGUAUUAUGCAACACCUUGUUCUGACCAUAUUGCACUAUGUAUCAUCAUUUGAUAAACCGAGAAAUGCUUUUUUUCUCUAUUUCAAGUAGAAAUACAAAUGGAAAAAUUCGAAGGGUAUUCAGAAAAACAGAAAUCUCGUCAACACUACUUCGUCUACCCACUUCUCUUUCAGGAAUAUAUUUAUGCAUUUGCUCAUGAUUAUGGAUUAAAUGGUUCCGAACCCGUGGAAAUUUUUGGUUGUAAUAACAAGAAAUUUAGUUCACUACUUGUGAAACGUUUAAUUAUUCGAAUGUAUCAGCAGAAUUUUUUAAUUAAUUCGGUUAAUUAUCCUAACCAAGAUCGAUUGUUGGAUCACCGUAAUUAUUUUUAUUCUGAGUUUUAUUCUCAGAUUCUAUCUGAGGGGUUUGCGAUCGUUGUAGAAAUCCCACUCUCGCUAGGGCAACUAUCUUGUCCGGAAGAAAAAGAAAUACCAAAUUUUCAAAAUUUACAAUCUAUUCAUUCAAUAUUUCCCUUUUUAGAAGACAAAUUUUUGCAUUUACAUUAUCUAUCACAUAUAAAAAUACCCUAUCCUAUCCAUUUAGAAAUCCUGGUUCAACUCCUUGAAUACCGGAUUCAAGAUGUUCCCUCUUUGCAUUUAUUGCGAUUCUUUCUCCACUAUUAUUCGAAUUGGAAUAGUUUUAUUACUUCAAUGAAAUCCAUUUUUCUUUUGAAAAAAGAAAAUAAAAGACUAUUUCGAUUCCUAUAUAACUCUUAUGUAUCAGAAUAUGAAUUUUUCUUGUUGUUUCUUCAUAAACAAUCUUCUUGCUUACGAUUAACAUCUUCUGGAACCUUUCUGGAACGAAUCAUCUUUUCUGGGAAGAUGGAACAUUUUGGUGUAAUGUACCCGGGGUUUUUUCGGAAAACCAUAUGGUUCUUUAUGGAUCCUCUUAUGCAUUAUGUUCGAUAUCAAGGAAAGGCAAUUCUUGCAUCAAAAGGCACUCUUCUUUUGAAGAAGAAAUGGAAAUCUUACCUUGUCAAUUUCUCGCAAUAUUUUUUCUCUUUUUGGACUCAACCACAAAGGAUUCGUCUAAACCAAUUAACAAACUCUUGCUUCGAUUUUCUGGGGUACCUUUCAAGUGUACCAAUAAAUACUUUGUUAGUAAGGAAUCAAAUGCUGGAGAAUUCUUUUCUAAUAGAUACUCGAAUGAAAAAAUUCGAUACCACAGUCCUUGCAACUCCCCUUGUCGGAUCCUUAUCAAAAGCUCAAUUUUGUACUGGAUCGGGGCAUCCUAUUAGUAAACCCGUUUGGACUGAUUUAUCAGAUUGGGAUAUUCUUGAUCGUUUUGGUCGGAUAUGUAGAAAUAUUUUUCAUUAUCAUAGUGGAUCUUCGAAAAAACAGACUUUGUAUCGACUAAAAUAUAUACUUCGACUUUCAUGUGCUAGAACUUUAGCUCGUAAACAUAAAAGUACGGUACGAACUUUUAUGCAACGAUUGGGUUCGGUAUUUUUAGAAGAAUUUUUUACGGAAGAAGAGCAAGUUUUUUCUUUGAUGUUCACCAAAACAAUUCACUUUUCUUUCCAUGGAUCACACAGUGAGCGUAUUUGGUAUUUGGAUAUUAUCCGUAUCAAUGACCUGGUGAAUCCUCUUACUCUUAAUUAAUCAUUAGACAAAAUUAAUAAACUAGAAAAGAUCGAUAUCAAGAUAAAACUUGCACAUUUUCCAUUCUGAAAUGUUCCAUAGUAGGUGAAUCACUUUAACUAAUUAAAAAUUCUCAAAAUUAGUGGACUUCCUCUUCGGAAUAGAAAUUGGCUAUUUCCACAUAGGGAAAGUCGUGUGCAAUGAAAAAUGCAAGCACGAUUUGGGGAGGGGUUUUUUCUAUUGUAACAAGGAAGAAUUAUCUACUCCAUCCGACUAGUUCCGGGUUCGAGUCCCGGGCAACCCAUAUGGAAAAUAGAAAAGAGCAAUCUGAGUUUUUCAUUUUUACUAACUUAAUUUCCCAAAUUUUUGGAUUUGGUAAAUGAAGUUAUACGAAAAUCCAAUCGUUGGGGCUGGCUUGGUUGACAUUGGUAUAUAGACUAUGUUAUACUGUUAAAUAACAAGCCUUCUAUUAUCUAUUUUCUUUCUAGUUAAUACGUGUGCUUGGGAGUCCUUGCAAUUUGAAUAAACCAAGAUCUUACCAUGACUGCAAUUUUAGAGAGACGCGAAAGUACAAGCCUGUGGGGUCGCUUCUGCAACUGGAUAACUAGCACCGAAAACCGUCUUUACAUUGGAUGGUUCGGUGUUUUGAUGAUCCCUACCUUAUUGACCGCAACUUCCGUAUUUAUUAUCGCCUUCAUCGCUGCUCCUCCAGUAGAUAUUGAUGGUAUUCGUGAGCCUGUUUCUGGUUCUUUACUUUAUGGAAACAAUAUUAUCUCUGGUGCUAUUAUUCCUACUUCUGCGGCGAUCGGAUUGCAUUUUUACCCAAUUUGGGAAGCUGCAUCUGUUGAUGAAUGGUUAUACAAUGGCGGUCCUUAUGAGCUAAUUGUUCUACACUUCUUACUUGGUGUAGCUUGUUAUAUGGGUCGUGAGUGGGAACUUAGUUUCCGUCUGGGUAUGCGCCCUUGGAUUGCUGUUGCAUAUUCAGCUCCUGUUGCAGCUGCUACUGCUGUUUUCUUGAUUUACCCUAUUGGUCAAGGAAGUUUCUCUGAUGGUAUGCCUUUAGGAAUAUCUGGUACUUUCAACUUUAUGAUUGUAUUCCAGGCAGAGCACAACAUCCUUAUGCAUCCAUUUCACAUGUUAGGUGUAGCUGGUGUAUUCGGCGGUUCCCUAUUCAGUGCUAUGCAUGGUUCCUUGGUAACCUCUAGUUUGAUCAGGGAAACCACUGAAAAUGAGUCUGCUAAUGAGGGUUACAAAUUUGGUCAGGAAGAAGAGACUUAUAAUAUUGUGGCUGCUCACGGUUAUUUUGGUCGAUUAAUCUUCCAAUAUGCUAGUUUCAACAAUUCUCGUUCUUUACACUUCUUCUUGGCUGCUUGGCCUGUAGUAGGGAUCUGGUUCACUGCUUUAGGUAUUAGUACUAUGGCAUUCAACCUAAAUGGUUUCAAUUUCAACCAAUCUGUAGUUGAUAGCCAAGGUCGCGUUAUUAAUACUUGGGCUGAUAUCAUCAACCGUGCUAAUCUUGGUAUGGAGGUAAUGCACGAACGUAAUGCUCACAACUUCCCUCUAGACCUAGCUGCUCUUGAAGUUCCUUACCUUAAUGGAUAAGGUUUUUCUCCUAAACAUAUAGGAAUUUUUGAAGGAAGGAAAGCCGGAAAUACCCAAUAUCUUGUUCCAACAGGAUAUUGGGUAUUUCUUUGUUUAUUCUGAAUCUUUCUAUUCUGAAUUCAAUUAACGACGAGAUUUAGUAUCCUUUCUUGUACUUUCAUAACUCGUGAAAUGCCGAGUAGGCACGAAUUCCCCCAAUUUGCGACCUACCAUAGGAUUUGUUAUGUAAAUAGGUAUAUGUUCUUUUCCAUUAUGAAUCGCGAUUGUAUGGCCAACCAUUGCGGGUAGAAUGCUAGAUGCCCGGGACCACGUUACUAUUAUUUCUUUCUCCUCCUUCAUAUUGACCUUUUCGAUUUUUGCCAAUAAAUGACGAGCUACAAAAGGAUUCGUUUUUUUUCGUGUCACAGCUGAUUACUCCUUUUUUUCAUUUUAAAGAGUGGCAUCCUAUGUCCACUAUCUCGAUCGAGGUAUGGAGGUCAGAAUAAAUAGAAUAAUAAUGAAUGGAAAAAAGAGAAAAUCCUUUAGCUGGAUAAGGGGCGGAUGUAGCCAAGUGGAUCAAGGCAGUGGAUUGUGAAUCCACCAUGCGCGGGUUCAAUUCCCGUCGUUCGCCCAUCGCAUUAUUGCAAAUUCCAAAAAUGCAAUUUUCCAUAUUCCUAGUUACGUAUUUACUUACGGCGACGAAGAAUAAAACUAUCACUAUAUUUUUUCCUUUUCCUAGUUCUUCUUCCAAGCGCAGGAUAACCCCAAGGGGUUGUGGGUUUUUUUCUACCAAUGGGGGCUUUCCCUUCACCACCCCCAUGGGGGUGGUCCACAGGGUUCAUAACUACCCCUCUUACUACGGGGCGUUUACCUAGCCAACACUUAGAUCCGGCUCUACCCAAACUUUUUUGGUUCACCCCAACAUUACCCACUUGUCCGACUGUUGCUAAGCAGUUUUGGGAUACCAAACGGACCUCCCCAGAUGGUAAUCUUAAAGUGGCCAAUUUACCCUCUUUUGCAAUCAGUUUCGCUACAGCACCUGCUGCUCUAGCUAAUUGCCCACCCCUUCCACGUGUGAUUUCUAUGUUAUGUAUGGCCGUGCCUAAGGGCAUAUCGGUUGAAGUAGAUUCUUCUUUUUUCUCAAAAAACCCCUUCCCAAACUGUACAAGCUUCUUCCAAAGCAUACGGCUUUCUAGAUGUAUAUGACGAUCUCUAGACAGAUGGAUCUUAUAUGAAUCGUAUGAUGAAGUACCACAUGAGUGGAUAUAUAGAAAAGGAAUCCAAAUCCGCCGAAUCGCUCAUGUUAUGAUCUUCUACAUCCUAGGUCUCCGCGUUCCGUCAUCUGGCUUAUGUUCUUCAUGUAGCAUUCAGAUCGAAUGACUCUAUGAAAUUACGUCGAUACUUCCACAUAUUAUGGGUAACGUAGGAGACAUCCCUAUUUUCACCCGGGGGUCUUAAUUACCACUGCUUAACUUUCAAUUCGCCUCUGACCAUCAAAUUAAAUGUGAAUAACCCGUCCUCCUCUCUUUGAAACAAGGGGCGCUUCCGGUUCUGUGCGUGCUUCAAACAAUUUUGUCUUCUCCAUAUUACCAUAUCUCUAGAGUCAAUAAUUUUCUAUGAGGAACUACUGAACUCAAUCACUUGCUGCCGUUACUCAACAGUUUUCUGUUGAGGUCUAUCCCGUAGAGGUAGUCAAAUUGGAUCAGUGAUCGAUUUCUAGGUUUCGUCGUAAACCUAAUUGGUUACUUCCAAUUACGUAAAUCAAUAGUUCAAACCGCACUCAAAGGUAGGGCAUUUCCCAUUGAUAUAGGAACUUUUGUACCAGAAACAAUAGUAUCUCCAAUUAUAGCCCCUCUGGGAUGUAAAAUAUAUCUCUUCUCACCAUCCCCAUAGUGUAUGAGACAAAUGUAUGCAUUUCGAUUAGGGUCGUAUUCUAUGGUUAUGAUUCUACCAGAUAUGUCUUUUUGAUUCCGUCGAAAAUCGAUUUUACGGUAUAGGCGCUUAUGACCUCCCCCUCUAUGCCUUGCGGUAAUGAUUCCUCUGGCAUUACGACCUUUACCACAACGGUGCCGUCCAUGGAUCAAUUUAUUUCGUGGAUUGGAUUUCACUUGCCUGUCUACGGUUCCCUUGCGUGUGCUCGGGAUAGGUGUUUUGUAUAAAUGUUUCGCCGUAUUAUUAAGUAUUCUCCUUUAGUUCGUUUCUCUAUCUAGAAGUGGAAUAGAAUAACCCGGUUGAAGGGUAAUGAUCAUACGUCUGUAAUGCAUUGUAUGUCCCAGAAUAGGUCCCAUUCUUCUACCCUUUCCGGGUAGUCGAUGGCUAUUCACAGCUACUACCUUAACACCAAAGAAGAGUUCGACCCAAUGCUUUAUUUCUGUCUUAGUGAAUCCCGAUUCGACAUUAAAAGUAUAUUGAUUCUUUCCCAAUAAACGAAGACUCUUUUCUGUAAAUACUGCGUAUUUGAUUCCAUCCAUAAAUCGACUUUCCCCCCUAUGCUCUGAGUUCCAGUAUCGAUAAGAAUUCGAGUUCUUAUUGUUCUUAUGUUAUGGUAUGAAUAUACCAUACCAAUUCGUUAUGUAUGGAUGAUGGAUGAGAUUCCAUGGAUAGAGAGCCAAUUCCAAUAGACCGUUCCCGUUCGCGUGCAUCCAGCAGGAAUUGAACCCGCAAAUUUACCAAUUAUGAGUUGGGCGCUUUAACCAUUCAGCCAUGGAUGCUUAACAGGGAUCAUCGUACAUCGUAAAUAACCAAUUUUCAUAUAGAAAGACAUAUCAUAGAAAAAUGAAAUCGAAAAUAUUCGGAGAUGGCAAAUAUUCGGAGAUGACUAUGAAAACACCUCUCCGGAUCCUCGAAUUGAAAGAGAGACUGAGAGGGAUCAAGAAUCCUAAUUCUCGCUAUUUGGAAUGGAUCCAAUUCUAUUGAGUCUGACCCAUAGUGAUCAUUUCUCUUUAGCAAAGAAUGACCUUGGUUAUCAAAGGAUUGAACAACCGAGAUCCAUUUACUUAUGAUACCUAGUUGACAUUGCUAACAAGGAUCUAAUGAAUUAUGAGUUUAAUAGAUUCUCUUUAGCAGAAAGACGUAUAUUCCUUGCUCAUUAUCAGACAAUCACUUAUUCCCAAACCUCGUGUGGGGCUAAUCGUUUUCAUUUACCAUCUCAUGGAAAACCCUUUUCGUUCCGCUUAGCCCUAUCGGGUAUUUUAGUGAUAGGUUCUAUAGGAACUGGACAAUCCUAUUUGGUCAAAUACCUAACGAAAAAUUCCUAUUUUCCUUUCAUUAAGGUACGAGGGCUUCUUAUUCCACAAGAACGAAAGCACCUUUUCAUUCUUUCAUAUACUAGGGGUUUUUACUUGGAAAAGACAAUGUUCCAUACUAAAGGAUUCGGGUCCAUAACCACGAGUUCCAGUGCACUAGAUCUUGUAGCACUUAGCAACGAGGCCCUAUCCAUUAGUAUUCCACAUAAGAAAUCCAUUAUAGAAACUAAUACAAUUAGAUUAGCUCUUCAUAGACAAACUUGGGGUUUGCGAGCCAAGAUAAGACCGGCUCGGGAUCAUGGGACCCUUUUCUAUCAGAUAGGAGGGGAUCUUGUACAAAAUAGACUUCUAAGUAAUAACCCCAUAGAUCCUAUAUCUAUCUAUAUAAAGAGGCAAUCGUGUCAGGAAGCGGCUUUUUCUUUGGCCAAACGGUACUUCGAACUUGGAACGAGCAUGAAGAGAUUAACGAGACUUCUUUCUCUUUUGAGUUUUUCUGGCGGACCGGUCGCGCAAGAUCUUUGGUCUUCCCCCGGAACCGAUGAAAAAGUGGGUCGCUUCUUAUGGACUCGCUCAGAAUGAUUCUUCUCUAUCUAUAGUUCAUGGCCUAUUAGAAGUAGAAGGUGCUCUGGUGCAAUCCUUACCGACAGAAAAAGAUUGCAGUCGGGUUGAUAAUAAUCGAGUGCCAUUACUUCGUCGGUCCGAACCAAGGAAUCCGUUAGAAAUGUUUUGAAAUGGAUAUUGUUCUCUCUUUGAUUAGGGAUGCUAUAUGAAAAGAAGUGGAGUUUGAAAAAGGGAACGGAAUGGUCAAACCGGAACUGCUAGAGGAACGAAUUUUCAAUAGCAUAACUUGGGCUCCUAGAAUAUGGGGCCCUUGGGACAAUCUAUUUGAUUGCAGGGACAGGUACGCUGAAUAUGACUGGGGAUUUUCCUAUGGGUAUUGGAGCGGGUCCAAGCAGAUUAAAGAGGAUGAGUUGUCAGAGACUGCUAUUUAUUCGAAUUAUUUCUGGUAUAUUUAUCAUAAAAAGGGGGAGGUGCAAGAGACUGAUUCGGACUUCUUGCAGAGUGGAACAAUGCAGUACCAGACACGAGAUAUAUCUUUCAAAGAAGAAGGCUUUUUUCGAAUAAGCCAAUUGAUUUGGGACCUUCGGAUCCAUUCUUUUUCCUAUUCAAAGAUCAGGCCUUUGUCUCUGUGUUUUCACGUCGAGAAUUCUUUGCAGAUGAAGAUGAAGAGAUGGCAAAGCGGCUUAGUACCAGUACCUGGAGAAAAAA